AUGGCGUUCGUCUCACCUCAUGCAGGCAAAACGAAAGGGUGUCGAAACCCGAACCCCUUGCUGAUCCUGAUGUUGCUGAGUCACGUUAUCUUUCCCACUCAGUGCGAGCUCUUCACGGCGCUGGUGGAUCUGCGGCGCCUGCUGGUGUCCGAGCGGCGAGCCGGAGACGCCUUGCACCGGUACCUGGCCCGAGAAGCGCGUCGGCUGGACCGUUACGAAGGACUUCACCGCAGGCUGGAGUGCCUCGAAGAGCAGGACACGUCGGUGGACCGUUACCUCUUGACAACGGAACUAGCGCGGUCUUGGACCUCAACGAUCCAGGACGCCAUCAGGGAGUCGCUAAAGAACGCCCGGGCCCUCCGGCUCCAGAAACUCCUGUCCUGGCCGACUGAAGAGGACCUGACCGGAGCCGCUGUGGGACUCUGCCGUCUUCAGCACACCUACCGGCUCAGCGUGGCACAGAUGGCGGACCUGAAGAGUCCGUCUCUGAAUGCUUCCGCACACGACCGGAUGGAAGUAGCAGCCAGGUGCUUCAAGUCGGGCGACGUGAAGAGCGCCGUCGGCUGGUGGACGUCCAGUCUCGAUGUGCUGGAGGAAGAAGAACAGCCCACCGAAGACUGGGACAACGUCCUGAGGUCCCUCAUGACGACCACCCUCAGGUUCAGAAACAAAACGACCAUCCUUAACCUGCUGUCUGCGUAUGACUUUGGAGCGUCGAAGGAAGAGCGUGCAAGACUGGUGGACCUGGCCCAGAAGGACCCACAGCUCGAGCAUUCGCCAGUCGGGGACGAUGCAGCAUCCUUCUCGCAGCUCUGCGACUCGGAGUUUCCUAGCGCGGGCCACCUCCGCUGCAAGCUGGCCACCAACGAAAACCAUCCGCUCUUGCUUCUGCAGCCACUCAAGCUGGAGGUGCUCUCGGAAGACCCCAGGAUUGUCCUGGUACACGACUUCGUCGGCGCCAGGGAACGCAGGAUGAUUCGCGAUCUCGCCUACCCCAUUCUGUACAGGGCCACGGUCCACAUGGAAGCGGGUCAAGCCCCCUCUACGUACCGAAUCAGUAAGGCUGCCUGGCUCAGCGACCACCACCAUCCCGUCGUAAAGAAACUAUCGCGCCGCAUUGCCGCUGCCACGGGUCUGUCCACCUCAAGCGCGGAACACUUACAAGUGGUGAACUACGGCGUCGGAGGACACUAUUCCCCGCACUUCGACUUCUCCACCAAGGACAAGCCACUAAGAGGCUGGGAAACGUUUGCGGGUCAACGCCAGGCCACCUGGCUCGUGUAUUUGUCCUCCGUCGAGAGAGGAGGCGCCACACUGUUCAAGCGCCUCCGUGUCAGGGUUCAGCCCGAGGCCGGGAUGGCCCUGUUCUGGCACAACCUGCCUCCCGGAAGCACCAAUAGCCUUCCGUCCUGCUGCGUACACAGGAGCGUAGGCGACGAGCGGACCGAGCACGGAGCGUGUCCAGUUCUGGUCGGGUCUAAGUGGAUCGCUACAAAGUGGAUUCACGAGGCUGGCCAGGCCCGGAUUCGUUACGAUUGGCCUGGUUAG